GGCUUUGGUGAAGUUGCUCCUCACGGCUGCUGCGGCGUACUCGGUUGUGGUUCGCCUCCACAGGGAUUCCCAGGACAGCGAGGUGAUCGCAGCCUUUCGAAAGGUGCUCCGCAAGGCGCACCCGGACAAGGGCGGGGCAAACGAGCACGCGAAGCAGCUGAACGCCGCGAAGGAGCGUUGGGACCAGGCCAAGAAACCGAGGGGCCGCCCGAAACGCGCAGAGCAGCCCGAGGCGCCUGCAGGGGCGGCCGCUGCUGACGGCGCGCCUGGCGAAACCUUCCAGGAUCUGAUCGUCUGGGAGGUCUCCACGAAAGCCUACCGCAUCCAGUCCGCGGGCGUGCUGCUCACGUACUUCGGGGUGCAGGGCCUGACGCAGUGGCGGCAGUUUCUGGCGCACGCGCGCUCGAAGGAGAAGGCUUGGAAGAUGCCAGUCGUCAGCGAGAUGCGGCAUCCCAAGGGCUUCAGCUUCCAGCAGGAGCGCAGGAUCGUACUUCUCCGCGAGGCCACCCAGAGCGACGGCAGCCACAUGGAGUGGUCGGAGAUCGCGAAGAAGGUGAAGAACCUCGUGGGCAAGAGGCCACGACCACGACACGUGGCGAACACGUACCGCCGGGCCACGGCGCGCCGCGGGCCCCUCAAGUACGAUUACAAAAAGUGCGGCGAGAAGCCGGGCAAGGUGACAAAGGAGGUGGAGCGUUUCUUGGUGAAGAAGCUGAAGGAGUUGCGAUGCCGCACCGAGUGCACGUCGACUACGUUGCAAUUGCUGUUGGCUUCCGAAAUGAAAGUCAAGGUUACGGUGCGCUACGUGCGCAAGGUCCUCUCGAAGAAAGGCCUUCGCUGGUUACCCAAGAGGCAGAAGCGGUUAUACUCCAAGGGUCAGAAGAAAGCCCGCCUGACGUUUGCGAAGAAGGUCCUGAGGAUGACUUCGGCGGAGCUGAACACGGCAUUCACCCCGAAGCUCUCUGGCGACGACGAGUACAGUGGCCAGGUCCAACUGGCUCGGGCAGUGCCCAUGUGGGCCGGCUGCGCCGCGGGCGGGCUGUCCAUUGUAGCGUUCCACCCCACGAAGAAGCUCUGCGGCGAGGACUGGGCGAAGAUCGUGAACCGGGCGACCUCGUGA